AUGUGCACUGGGGGCUGUGCCAAGUGCCUGGGGGGCACUCUCAUUCCCCUGGCUGUGUUUGGCCUCCUGGCGAAUAUCCUGUUGUUCUUUCCCGGAGGGAAGGUGAUAGAUGACAACAGCCACCUUUCCGAAGAGGUCUGGUAUUUCGGAGGAAUAGCGGGAAGCGGAGUCUUGAUGAUCUUCCCCGCACUGGUGUUCCUGGGCCUGAAAAACAAUGACUGCUGUGGAUGCUGUGGCAACCCAAGCUGUGGGAAGCGAUUUGCGAUGUUCUCCUCUACGUUGUUUGCUCUGAUUGGAUUUGUGGGUGCUGGAUACUCAUUCGUCGUCUCAGCUGUCUCCAUCAACAAAGGUCCUAAAUGCCUCUUGAGCAAUGGCACAUGGGAAUACCCCUUCCACAAUGGUGAUUAUCUUAAUGACCAAGCCUUGUGGAGCAAGUGCGUACAGCCCCAGGAUGUGGUCCCCUGGAACCUCACCCUCUUCUCCAUCCUGCUGGUCAUCGGAUUGAUCCAGAUGGUGCUCUGUGCCAUCCAGGUGAUCAAUGGCCUCCUGGGAACCCUCUGCGGAGAUUGCCAGUGCUGUGGCUGCUGUGGGGUACGUUAG